AUGUAUAGGAAACGAGCAGCAGAGCAGAUGAUCAAGAGCUACUUUUUCCAGCUAACUGAUGGGUGUGGCUUGGAGGGGUGUAGCAAUGAGUACUGUGCAUCUAGUGGACGAAAACAGACUUCAAAGGAUGAUGCUGCAGCUCUGGCUUUGCAGUUGUUCAUGAAGAAGGCUCGCCUUUGUGAACCAUUAUUGCAAGAGCGGAAUCACAAAGGUACCUUACCUGAGUACCAUUGUAUUCUGUAACCACAGAAAUUUUUUAUGCAGAAUUUUAUUGACAACCCAUGCAGAGCUCUUGAGUGAAAAAUGAUGAAAAUUGUCUUAACAGGACUGAUCAUUUAAGGUAUUGCAGGUAGGGAAGGCAGUUGUUUUGGAAGGGGGGGGGGGGUACAAUAUUAAAAUUGGUGAAUUUCUUUUUCGUACGUAACAUGAGGGGUGCAAAGUUUUAAAGACACGGUACUGGCAGUAUGAAAAGUGUAUCCUCGUUUCCAAAAAAAUGUUCCUUGCUGAUGUAUGUAGUUCUUGAAGAGAGAGUUGAGAUAGUUGUACAUUAUUUUGGAAACAUUAUUGUUGGCAGCAACAAGAACGAUUGAGCCUACUUGUAUCAGCUGGCGAUGGGUUCUUACUGCCCUAAUCUUGCUUUCAUGUCAUCCUGGUUCUUUAGUAAAUCAAAUUGGCAUCUUUUGGAGGGAGGUUGGGUGUCAGGGUCCAUGAAACUGAAAUUAAAACCAACAAACCGAAAGAUAUAUGUUGUAGUUCAAAAUUAUGUUCAGGUUAGAAUUUUUCAACCCGGGUUGAUUCUCAAUUUCCUUUGUCUGCUAGCCUCAAUAUUAUUUCAUGAAUAAUUAGGACUAGGAGACAGAGGAAAUAGAAAUUUAACCUGAAUAAUGUGUACACGUCCUAUAUAGGGGUGUAACGAUUCAUAUUCCUUGCGAUUCGAUUUGAUUUUGAUCAUUUUGAUUCCAUUAUGUAAAUGUUUCUUAAUUCUUAUAACAUAAUGCGCAAUGUAAGCAACAUGCAACCGUAAACCCUCAAUAUGAGAAUAGUAACAGGGACAGGAGGAUUCACAGUUGCUCGGUUCAAUGCCAUGUUUAAGAACCUGAAAAAGAGCAUGUUGCACAUGGUUUGCCUUAUUUGGAAAUUCUCAAGGGGAGGUUGAAGGACAGCAUUUUUACCAGGUGCACAAACUGCUAUCGUCUUUGCUUGUCAAUCAAAAACGCACAUUAAAGAGUUCUGGAUUCUUAUUUUAGAUAACUCACUGAGGGCACCCUGGAAAAGGUGUGCAAAAAUCGAACCAAAAUCGAAACAUGAGAGCAAAGAAUCGUGAAUCGAACCAAACGGUCAUAAUUAGGAUUAAUCGAGAAUUUGAUUAAUCGUUUCACCACUAUUCCUACACUGUAAUUGAUCUGGUGACAUGUUAAGCAUAAUUAUAGACAAAGCUAUUUGUACAUUACAGUGAUUCUCGUGUGACCUUGAAAAAUAGUUUGGUAAGUGUUUGUUAUUUUUUUAUCAACAAUGGAUGACAAGAUCAAAACAUGGACUCUUCGUUUUCCCACCAUUUAGAACCCUAAUAUGGAGAAGGCAUUGUUUGAUUGGCCAAUUGUGUUGCAGUAUGACAUGAAAGUGAAGUAUUGAUUGAUUUCUAGAAAGUUCUUGGGCAUAAAUUUUUUUCACCCGAGCGUUCGCUUAACCAGCCAAAAGCCACAUGCAUUUGUGUCUGUUUGAUAAACCAAUUGAAUCGCUCUUAUUUCUGUUUGUGUUGUUUAUGUUUUGUUCGCCCGUUUUCAUUUCAAGGUCAUACAAAAAUUGCUCUAUUAUCAUCACAGUUUCUAUGGAUUGUGCAGUUGUUAACCUGGCCAAGUUGGAUAGCGCUAUCCACCGGAUGAAUCUCUAUGCACUGGAUAGGGCAAUUGGUUUCUCUAAUACUUAUCCACUGUAGAGAUUUAUCCGAUGGAUGGCACUAUCCAGCUUUUUAACAACUGGGGCCUGGUAUAUCUAGUCCAUGUAAAGCUGUAGUCUCUGACCAUACAGCAAUGUAUGUUAGGAAGAUUUACAUGUACAAUCCAUCAGUUGCUCAUCAGAUCCUCGUGUUUUGUUGAAAAUAACCUUUUACUUAUACAGGGUUUUCAAGUUUCUGUUUACUCUUUGAAGUCAGUUUCACCCCUCACCCCCCCUCUCUGUAUUCCUCAACCUCCUCCUCACCCCUCCUCCUCUCUUCUCUCCUCUUCCUUCUCUCCUCAUCCCCCCCUCCUUCUCCUGUUUGAACCAAAACUUUGUUGGAGAACAAAACCCCCCUUUCACCCCUUCCUCCUCCUCACCCCCCUCUUUCCUCACUCCUCUUUUCACCCCUCCCCCUCACCCCCCUCUCUCCUCACCCUCCUCCUCACCCCUCUUCUCACCCCUCCUCCUGACCCCUUCUCUCCUCACCCCUUUUCUCACCCCUCCUCCUCACCCUGGUCUCUCCUCACCCUCCUCCUCAUCCCUCCUCCUCACCCAUUCUCUCCUCACCCAUCCUCUUCUCACCCCUCCUCCUCACCCGGGUCAGCUGCAAGUUUUGUGAUUUUUAUCUGUUUGAACCAAAACUUUGUUGGAGAACAAAACUCUAUAUUCCUACCAAUUGCAUGUGUUAUCAAUUUUGGAUUAUAAUGAGCUAAUCCGCCAUUUUUAGCCAACCCAAACCUCCUUGUAAACUCUAAUAAACCCAGCGCUCAUACAUGUAAGCUGUAUUGUACAGUAUGUUCAAUGUAAAAGUAAAAUAUGCCGUACCAAUUUACUUCCGUUAUUAUUAUAGUAAAGAUUCCCUUAGGUUAGAUUAUUGCUGUGGAAUCAGUUGCUGUGGCUCACAGAUUUUGUUUUUGGCCAUUUUAGUUCCAAGCAAGGAAGUCCCAUUUCUUACAGAACAGUCGUUACUGUCAGACCUGGACUCUUGCAAGAAGGAAGGAAACUUUAAGAGGCUGGUGCACAGAAUAGGUGUCGUGUUUUCUAGCUCUGAAUCACUCAACAAAAGCUUCUUAUUGGAUGUGCCAUCCAAAACCCAAGAUAUGCCAACUAAUGUUGACAUUGAAAGUGUGCGACGUAUGUACUCAGCAUUGUUUAAAACUGGAGAUUCCUCAGUUGAGAACUCUUUAAUAAAUUCACUGGUUUCCUUGGCUCAAACUCUUGAAAUGGACCUUAGAUACAAGUCACCAAGCAACAACCCUAACUAUCUGAACCAAUUUGUGAUAAUCAUGGAGAACUCAAUGCUUCAGAGCCCUGAAUAUUUGGACAAAGCCUUGCCUAGUUUUCUCAAUGCUAUGGGUCUACUUCCUGUUAAACUCCAGGCAACUUUGGUCCAUAUUUGGGCAAAGUUUCCCAGUCAGCAGAUCCGACGUAUGGUUGAAACAUUACAGCAGCUGAUUACAUAUCAGGUUUUAACAGGACCUAGCGCUAUGGAAAGUUCACCAGUACAAGAGGAUGAUUCCAUUGUGGCAGCUACAAAGACAAUGAAGUUGCUGCAUUAUGCUAGCAUAUUAGGAGGAAUGUUUGACAAAACUGGGGGUGAUUGUGAAGAUGCAGCCACGGCAUGUAACAUUGUUGAUGAUCCUCUUGUCAAGGAAUUGAAAAUUGACUUUCUGAACUGUCGCAAACCAUUAAUUCCAUAUGAAGAAUUUGUCAAUGGCCCAUUAAAUGACCAAAUCGAGGUAGAUCGAGACUUUUCACAUUUUAAGAAUGAUUCACAUGGUAGGUUUGCUUUCCUCAAUUACAACUUCAUCCUUUCUACUGCAACAAAGAGCCUGAGUUUGUACUACGACAAUCGGGUGCGUAUGUACAGUGAAAGGCGGCUGACCUUAAUCUACAGUCUUGUGAGAGGACAGCCACCAGUGCCAUACCUCCGACUUAAAGUUAGAAGGGAUCACCUCAUUGAAGAUGCUCUUGUUAGUGUAAGUAACACAUUCUCUUUUCCGGCUAUAACUGCCAUUGCAGAAUGGUUGUAGCACUUUUCAUAAAUCUAUGAAUGGUCAUAAAUGUACACAACUUUGGCACCUAAUUUUUUCAUGGGAAAAAUGAUUUUACAAACCGUACCCAAAUGAGCAUGAUUAUAUAAGACAAGCUGCCAACAACUGUCCAGGGCAACUUAGUAGUUAGUGACACUGAAGUGCAGUCACAAGGGCCCAUCAGUCUUUAAUCCCAAGGGUUUUGUAACGACUUGUAGGGCUUUUACAGAGUUGGAUGAUCAACACCUUCAAUGCAUAAUUUAGGAGUGACCCUUUGAUCAUUCUGGUUGUUCAACUUCAUGUACUGUACGUGUAUGUAGAAUCAGAAUCCUAAGAUCUAUUGUCUAAUUUACUGCAACAAACAGAAUUUGAGUUUGUAGCUCAGAAGGGCUAGAGCUGGUUCAAGGGACAAUUAGCAGGUACACGUACAUCUACCUCGGUCAUUUUGGUUGGAAAAAAGGGACUAGUAAAAAUCAUUUCCUCUCUCAUUUGCUAAUUAAACUCAUCAACAGAAAUGAGCGUGGAGGAAUGUGCCUGUGAAGCUGGUAGAGCCCUGAACUGCAGCCAGGUGCAAUGCGCAACCUUGACAAUCCUGAGAGUGGUACCCACCCAGACACUGUCACACUACUAACCAGAGGAUUCUAAUGUACUUACCAUAUACUUACUGUAGGGGGAAGGGGGGUGUAGGGAGCAGAAAAAGCAUUUUGCAAGUACAAGCCACGACAGGCAAAUGUAAUUGCCAGACCUCAAGAGAAUGGACCCAUAAGCCCAUUGGUGUGAUUAGGAUGCCCUCGCAUAUCUCCAAGGGAUAGCUGGCCAGCCUUGUCUUAAGUUUAACUUAGCCUCAAUUUUAUUUAGCCUCAUCAAAAUUUGCCUCUGUCAUUGAUAUACUAAGACAUCUAAAUGAUAAGUAUUAGUAUUUUUGUUACAGUUAGAAAUGACUUCCCAAGACAAUCCCUCAGACCUGAAGAAACAGUUGUUUGUUGAGUUUGAAGGAGAACAAGGGAUUGACGAGGGUGGAGUGUCCAAGGAAUUCUUUCAACUCGUCGUUGAGGAAAUUUUUAAUCCCGACUUUGGUAAAGACAUUAAAAAUAAUAAUGUUGAUUAUAAUUCCAAUUUAAUUUAUUUCUUUCUAGUGUUGCACAGUUAUACUGUAUCUAUGUUAAGUAAAUUAUUUCCAACUGCACACUCUUAUCAAGAGUUAUUGAAAUUUAAUUCCUGUAGUAUUAAAACUGGGAAAAGAUGCACAUGUAAGUAUUUCUCAUGUCGCAAGCAUGAGUCAAGCUCUCAUAUUCUGUGCUGUUAAAAGUUAACCCUUUAAUCCCAAUAUCAACAUAAAAAUUCUCCACAUUGAUCUCCAUACAUUUCCUUGAAAAACUAAUUGAGAGAAUUUGUUUUAAGACCAAAGCAUGAUUAUUUUUUUGAUGAUUUUCUUAAUUCUCAUAACCCAGUCUCUUGAUCUUGUAUAGACAUUGUUAGGAGAAAACUGAUGCUGGUCACUCUUGGGGCUUAAAGGGUUAAGGAUGGUGCCAGUUGACAGAAAUUUGUGUUAAUGGCUACAAUCAGCUAACUAAUUUUUAGUCUUGAGGUUUUUGAGCGUUGCUAAGGCAGCUGCAUGUUUGUCUCUCUGAAGCCAUUGUUACAUUUGUUUUGCAGGAAUGUUUACUUUUGAUGAAGCCACUCGGUAUUGUUGGUUUGAUCCAACAUCAUUUGAGACAGAUGGCCAGUUCUUUUUGAUUGGUUUGGUUCUUGGUUUGGCGAUCUACAACAAUGUAAUUCUUGAUGUGCACUUUCCUAUGGUUGUUUACAGAAAACUGUUUGGCAAGAAAGGAACAUUUGAAGAUCUCAAGGAUUCACAUUCUGUAAGUUGCCACGUCAAUGGGGUUCUCACCAAAUACUGUGUGGUCAUGUAGCUUACAUUUUAUUCUGGCAUUUGAACCCAUUGUCCUUAAAGUUCAAAACGAGGAUUGUCAAAAAAAUUCAAGUAGAAGGAGGAUGUCAGAGAGUAGAUCAGUCCAAGAGUUAGAGCAGGAAAAUCAAUGUUAUUGUACUAUAAUGGACAAUAGGUAACAUUCCUUUGUCGGGUCCUGUCUUUCUUUCUUAUAUAGUUGUGGCAGGGAUGUGCAACCCCUGGCUGCACUUUACCCCACAGUAAGGCUUAGUCCUUGGGGACAGUUCCAUAAACAUGUCUCCUCCAGGGUGUGGACCACUGGUCCCACAUGAUCGUACUCCACCCAGGAGGCCCACCCCUCCUGGUUCCCCUUAGUUCCUAGUGACUUAGGGAUAUGGGCCUCACCCCUGGAGACUGAUCAGUACUUCUCUCCAGAGUGGCCACCUCCGGUACCACUCUAUUUUGUCUCCCUCCAGGAGGGCUUCUCUCCUUGUCCCCUUACCCCUAGAUUUAGGUGCUUCCCUGCUACCAAAAUUAUGGCCAUUAUUUUGUUGUGGUGUUUUUUUGUUUGGUAUAACUGCCUAGAACUGCAAUGCGAAACCAUCCUCCGAUCGGAAGAGUUCAUUAUCAAUAGAUUUAGGAGCAUUUUUUUUCCACAUCACUUGCAAACCUAACUUGUAACUUCCAUAAAGAUACAUGUAGCAUUACUGCCCCACUUUGUGUUGACAUGGCCAAGCCAACAACAGCUGUAUUAUUUCACUGUAACAUCGUUUUGUUGCUGUUCUUUUUUAAGGUCCUUGCAGCCAGUCUACAGGAUCUGUUGGAUUAUGAGGGUGAUGUAGAGAAUGAGAUGAUGUGUACAUUCACCAUUGGAUAUACAGACAUGUUUGGCUCCUCGAUAACCAAAGAACUGAAGGAAAAUGGUUCGCAGAUGGUGGUUAACAAUGAAAACAGAUGGGUAAAGUUAUUGUUUAUCUUUUCCUGUUAGUUUGCAGGACAUAUUGCCCAGUGCACUAGUCAUUUUGGUAGUCUCUUGAAUUGACUGUUAAUAGUCCCCUAUUUUCUUGUGAUUGUAGAGAAAUUAUUGCUGAGUUUAAAAGGUUUCCAUCUUGCUUUUACUGGUGUUCAGCAUCUAGGGAACGUGAAAUUACUCACGGGGAUAGGAGAUGUAAUCAAGAAAGUGGUUUUCUGAACUUGUCAACAGUAAACCUCUACAACCGCGUGGGGAAAUAUGGGAUUUUGAACAGUCUGUAUAAUUAUGUCUCUUACACAGUGUUGCAGAUCUGCAAUAUUAUUAAUAAUAACAAUUAUUAUAAUGGCUGAAUCCAUAAGUGGGCAAGGUGAAGUGAAUCCUGCAUUCCGAUUGGCUCUCCGCUCGGGAUUUUCCUCGUUGGUCCCGCAAGAAAAAGUUCUCCUUUUGGCCAUAUAUCUAAUACUCUAUUAACCAAACGUGUUAAAUCAAGAUGGCUGCUUAUUGACCUCGUUCGUUUUUGCGUUGUUGUUGACCGCGUUUUCGUCUCCGUCGAUAAAACCUAAGAAAGAAGUUGGCCAAUAGCCAGCCAUCUUGACCUAACGCUUGGUCAGUAACCCUUAUUUAUUUAGGAGAGAAUGGAAAGACGAGUGCCUUCUAACAUUUGUUUAUUCUGUGUUCAAUUUUAGGAGUUUGUCGAGCUGUAUGCUGAUUUUAUCCUCAACAAGUCCGUUGAGAAACAGGUAGAUGAGACAUUAUUUUCCCUUGCACACACCCUGUGGUUGUCCCCUUUGUUCAUUCCGCGAGCCUACGCAGCAGUUUGUUUUCUCCUUCUGACCUUCACUUACCAAUUCCGGCCGACCAUAAACUGCAGCUUGCAAGUCCCCGGCUUUUACCUGUUCGUUAGGGGUUUUAUGAGGUCUUACAAAGGAGGUGCUUAUAUCUGAGGGGGGCUUAAAAUCAGAGUAGAAAAAUCUAUCACAGUGCCAAUCAAAAUACGUUCUGUGUUAAUUUUACUGGUUUGUAAUUAAGCUUCAAAACGUCGUAAUAAAUUAAGUUCAUCUCACUACAUUUUAAGGGGGGUGGGGUGGGAGGUUAUAAUCGGAGGUACUUUUUUAUGUACAAGUAGAUUGGGGCUAUAACUGGAAGGGGAGGGGUGCUUGUAAGUGGGGAAGCUUCUAAGCAACAUUUUACAGUAGCAGGCACCCGUUCUACCAGUGUUUGGAAAUCAGAUGAAAAACUGCUCAUUUUUGCUUCAUUUAUUUCUCCUUUUAAAAUCAUUUUGGUUGAAUAGUAAUAUGAAGCAUUGAACACAGUGUUUCAUCACCAGACCAGGUGAAACACCUCGAAUUUUCUUCAAAAAUACUCCGCUGCGCGUCGUAUUUUCAACUCUCUUCGUAGUGUUUCAUCUGGUGAUGAAACACUUCUUCUCUUGCUUGAUAUAUUACAGCUCAAGUGAUCCACGGUUUUUACUGAACCAAUACAACAAAAUGGAAUCUCUGUAUUUUCUUAAAUUGUUCCAAAUUUGGGACAUCUCAUCUCAUUUGCUGGUGUGUCCAUAUUUUCUUUGACCAUUGUUUACGAGUUCUGUUUUUCAGUUACACCUCUGUGAAAUGAAAGCCUAGUCUGUUUAAUUCCCAUCUUUUUUUGCGACAUGAAAGAUAAAGAUAAAACUCCGUUAACUGAGAGGUUACCGAUAAAUAAGUCAUUUAAAACUUGUGUUUUUAGUUCAAAGCGUUCAGACGUGGUUUUGACAUGGUGGUAGAUGAGUCGCCACUGAAGACAUUUUUUCGUCCAGAUGAAGUGGAGCUGCUCGUAUCAGGCUGUCAGGUAUUUAAAGUGUUCAGAAAACGUAAAGAUUUCCGUAAUAGAAAUGUUCCCAAAGCAUCAGCCCUCGUUACUCUUGGAAUAAGCAGCCUUUAGGGAUCGCUACUACUAUGGUAGUUAGAAACUGUCAACUGUUUUGUUUGGACAUCAUAUUGAAAAUAAUGCCACUGCAAAUGCAUUUAGCCCUGUGAAUUUUUUGCAGUAUGAAUGUGGGAACACCAGGUAUUCAAGAACAGAUAACUUGUUCACAAACAAUUAAAAUCAGUUUUCCGGUGUGUAUUAUGUAUAUAAAGCACACCAAUGCCUUAAAUAUUCUUUUGGUCAAAAGCAUUUACAAUUUUCUAGCUAUCUGUUGGUGGUAGGCAGUGGCGGUUUUCUUUGAGUUCCUCUCCUUUACAAUUUUUUUAACGUUAAACUCAUCAACAAAAAAAUGAGGGUGUAGGGACAUGCUAAGUGGCUGGUAAAGCCAACAACUGCUGCCGAAUGCAGCCUGUAACUAUAGCAACCCUGUGAGUGGCAUCCACUCAAGCACCGUCGCCUUAUACCUGUAUAGGCAGUGAGUAUAAUACUUUUUGAGUGUAAGCAGCGUAAAGCGACGCAAAAGUAAUGGCCUGGCCCCAGUUGUUCAAAAGAUGGAUAGCGCUAUCCAUCGGAUAAAUCUCUAUCAACUGGAUAGCGCAAUUGGGUUUCCUUAUACUCAUGGACUGGAUAGUGAUUUAUCCGUUAGAUAGCGCUAUCCAUCUUUUGAACAACCAGGGCCUGAUCUAAACAACAAAACUGUAAAUGCCUCGCUAAACUGUUCAACAACCCCGUCAAUCCCAUACGAAAGACCGCUGACAGGCAUUGUCUUGAGAUAAAUUUAGGCUAAAUUCCAGUUAGCAACGUUUAUUUCGAGGGAUCGUUACUUAGAACUUAAAGGCAUCUCAGUUAGUACACACUGUGAUUGGUCAGGUUUAGUGAGCUAUUUUCUAUUGUAAAGCCUUUUUUGGCGCUUUAGUAUCCGUUUGAGCUCCCAGAGAUAUACAGGUACCUAUAAUGCUGAUUAGUCUAAAAUGAAGUGCUUCUAAGGAAAGUGAUUGUUGGGUGAGUGUCUUGGUAGUUUGCGUGACUUCCUGACUCUUGCACUUUACUCUGCAGGAUUUCGACUUUGAAGCACUGGAAAAGUCAACUGGAUAUGAAAAUGGUUUCACUGAGAAUUCUCCAAUGAUUAGGUAAGAGAUCAAACUACAAUGUCUUGAGUCCUUUAUUGUUGACUGAAGAUCUGCAAGAAAAUUUCGAAAAGCAUGGACUGUUUUAUGAGGCAACCCAGAAACCAGAAAAGUCCGUGAUUGUAUAUUUGGGCCAUCACCUUCUUUACUCCUCUUAGUUCACACUGUGUAGCACGGACAUCUCACUAAAACGGAGAACAAGAUUGGGCCCGGUCUUUCUACCUUAGUCUUCAGUUGUAGUUGACUGUCCGUAAGACAUACUUCUCUCUUAGACGGAUACAAUUAUAGUAUCGACCAAUUGCGCGGAGAAUCACACUGUAACAGAUUUUAAGGGUGCCUUUCAUUUCGGCGUUCUCUUUGGGUGGAACGAUCGAUCUUAUAAUCUCUGGCGCAUAAAUUUUCCGUUUUGGUGAGCUAACAUAUCGCGCCUACAAAUUGGAGCGUUCAAACCGGUCUUUAAUGUUUUUGUUGUCCUAUCACGGUGUCAAAUUAUUGUUCAAUUGCGGGAUUUGUUCUGAUUGCAGAUGGUUCUGGGAGAUAGUGCAUAGUUUCUCUUUGGAGCAGAAGAAGCAGUUGUUGAUGUUCACUACAGGAAGUGACAGAAUACCUGUUGGAGGCUUCUCUAAACUCAAACUCCUCAUUGCCAGGAAUGGACCUGAUUCUGACAGGUACUGAACCAAAAUAUACUUAAUCUGGCCGUGAACAGAUUAAUAAACCAUUUCCGAGUUCUCAGGACUCUCACUUUCAAAACGAGGUUAAGUGCAAAAUCGUUCUUGUGAAAUAAGCUUAAUUUGCACGAGAGCACCACUUAUAUUACCUCUCGGACCUCAAGUUACCGUGUCUUAGGGGGCCUGUGUAUGGUGCUUGUUCUUGAGCUUCCUUCUGAGUUGUAACCAAAGAUUAAAUCACUUUAUUUUAAUUACUUAUGCCUGUUCGAUUUGUUCCUCUUGUAGAUUGCCCACUGCCCACACGUGUUUCAAUGUCCUUCUGUUACCGGAGUACUCUAGCAGUGAGAAACUGAGAGAAAGGCUUCUGAAAGCCAUUACGCACGCCAAAGGCUUUGGCCUACUGUAGAUGUUGUUUACCAUUUCACAAUCGCGACUGCCCUCGUUCGUCAUUGAGAAAACUGUGCAAAAAAAAACUUGGCUACUCGAGAAAGACUCUACAUGAAUCGACUAAGGUCUUUGUUGAGCAGGCGAGGCAUAUUGCUAGGAAUAGUUUCAAACCCAGGCCUAAUAGCUGACUGCUUGUUACAGCGGGCUCGGUUAUGACCAUCGGUUUAUCAAUAAACGGAUGCUCGCACUCGAAAAAAACAGUUUGACGAGAGAGAACAAGAUUGACUAGUCCAGAAGUUUGAGCUGCGGCGACCUCAAAGAUUUGACGCGAUUCAGGUAGAACCUCCUUUUCUCCUCCUCACUUAACCCUUUAAGCCGUAGGAGUGAUCAGCAUCAAAUUUCUCCUUGUAAUAUCAAUCUUUGUAAAACAGAGUGGUCAUGAGAAUUACGGACAUGAUCACACAAGAUGAAUUUGCUUGAUAUUUUAUCAACUUCUCCCCACUACUUCUGUAGGAAAUGAAUAGGGGCAACGUAUGAGAAUUCAAAUUUUGAUCUUAGGGUUUAAAGGGUUAAGAAGGCAAAAGGAGGCUCUGCUCGCAGGGUGGUAAAAACUAGUAGCACAGUUAUUAGAAAGUUUUAGAUUUCUAAGACGAGAACGACUACGUGGACGAGAUUUUCUCAAUACUAAGUAGUACUCGCGCGUGCACCAGCGUCAUUUUGGCGGGAAAACGUGGUAACCGUCCUCAGUUUACUACGAGUUUUAGCGAGAAUGCCGUAGUGGCAGGAACAAUUUAUCAAAUGUAAGAGUUUUUAUCAUUUUAUUCUCGGGGGAGGCUUAACCUCCUUCAAAAACGAUACCAUUGCUGACUUUUGGUGAAAAAAAGUUCAAUGAAGAAUUCCGGGGUGUCAAUUUUUGACAAUACGCGAAAAGGCUUGAAAUCAAAUCUCGUAGUCAUAGUCGUUCUCAUCCUCAAAUCUAAAGGUCUCUAUUUAUAAAUUUCGAAACUUCUGGUCAAUCGCAACCAUGUUCAAUUAAGAAAUGUGACCCAGCCGGGUGACCUGUGUGUAUUGCAAUUUUUAAGGUUUAGGUGUCAUUUGAAUAGAAACCUAGUAUGUUUACUCUUAAUAGUAGGAAUAGUCUUCACGAGUUAUGAGUCAGGGAAGUGGUAAAGCGAACUGUUGUCCGGCGUUCACUUGUUGCCGCGGCCUCUUUCCUUUUGGCAACUGGGUGCCUCUGUCACUGCCGGUAAACAAGCCUUAUAACAUGGUAGGUGUAGUAUAUUUUCUGAAUUAUGUUACAUUAAGGCAAACAAAGGAUAGUUUUGAAUACAAUGUUAGUAUACCAAAAGAUUCGGGUUAGAUUCUGGGUUGUGAAUUUCUUCUCUGUAGAUAGCGAAGUCUUGUGAUGACCCUUCAUUGUUUUUCGUAAUUUCUUUAAAACGAAUGUUAACGAAAGGCUAAUUUGUACCGUAAUGGGCGUGACGCAACUGUCGGAUUAGCCCCACUGCUGAUCUUACAUGCUACAGGUAAAGAAGCAACUUUAGGGGCUCGCUCUUAUUGCGUCAGUAACAGCAAAGCCUGCUGUGGAGCUCUCUAUUUGGAGCAUAUCGUAAGAAGUCAUGCGGGAGCGGGCGCCAAAGGAGAUGCCAUAUUGAGGGGCGGGCAAAGAAAGGAGUCCAAAUUGGACCUUAAAAACAUAUGAUAUCUGGCGGUGUUUUACCAAAAAAGCAUCAUGUUUCUACCUUUCCUGCGAAAAGUUAUGUAUGGCAGGCAGGCCAAGACUGUCAUCAAUCGAAAACCGACUGAGCAGACGUCAUUUUCCAGCCAGUGUUAUUUUACCACGCUUCAGUUAUCAUUGCAAGCUCUCCUUUUCUUUGCCCCUCGCUCGUGCUCUCUCCCGUGGCUGGCUUCCCGUUGCUCUUAGGCCAGGAACACCACUACGCGGUUACCUUACCGUAGAAAUGUUUAGGGAUUAACGUUGUUUGCACAAUUAUGUGGUGUUAUAUGGUGGUUAUUCCGCACGCUUGCGCUACUUAACGCCCCCUCACAUGUAUCAGUUUGUAUUUGAAGUCGAAGAGUUAUUCCUCCGUUUGAAAAAAAAUCUCCUCUACACCUAAUUUGUCAUGUCUAAGUAGAGUGUUUUUGAAAUGUUGCGUUUUCGUUUAAUGUUUUCAAAUAAAUGAGUAUACAUGUGGAAGGGGCCUCAAGCUGUGUGUUCGACUGCAUGGUUUAGAUCCAUGCAAUCACAAGGUACAAGUAUAAGUUCAAACAUAACGAAUUACUGUUAACGAUGUCUUACAGAAAUUAUACCUGUACUAAAUGAAAGAAAGAUUUUAGAGGUACUCGAUGUACAGUAGUAGUCAUUACCUGACAAUUUUUAAAGACGUUGCGGUACAAAACUUAACGCGAACCCAGUGUUUAAAGCCUUGGAGAAAGGCUUUGAAUCUCCGCAAUCUUCUUCCCAUUUCUCGUUACAGGAUUUGUCAUACUGUUUUAUUGUUAAUAGGAAGUCGCACCAAGUUGGCGAUGUUCUGU